UGUUUGACAGUGCAACGCAAAUGAAGCUGGAGCUGAAGAAACCAAUAGUUGAACAGAAACCGCCAAAGGUAGCACUUGAGGAGAAAAAAAAGGAGAAAAGACUGACCACGGGUGCCCGCAAGAAGCUGAAGGAAACUAAGAGAGAGUCCUAUAAGUGCGAUCUCUGCAUCAAGCAAUUCCAGCAUAAGAGAAAUCUUGAAGAACAUAUGAAAAUUCACACCAAUUCCCACAUUUGCCAAACCUGCGAACAACGCUUCCUAUUUAAAACAGAUCUUGACCUACACAUGACUGUCCAUAGAAGCGAACGGCCGUAUCAAUGCCCCCUAUGCAUGAAGAGCUUCGCCACGAACCAAAAUAUAACCAACCACAAAUGCCUGCUGGAGGAGGAUCGGCCCUUCAAAUGCUCGCACUGCCCACAAGCUUUUGCCCAUAACUACUAUCUCAAGGAGCACUUGUUUAGCCACACCGAGGAGGAAUCUGACAAGCUUGCCACUGGCCCACACAAGUGCACCCACUGCUCGGUUGGAUUCCACAAUAAGUCUGCUCUCAAAGUGCACACUCUCGUUCAUACUGGCGAAAGGCCGCACAACUGCCCGUUCUGUGCAUCUACGUUCCGAUCCAAACAGACUUUAAAGGUCCACGUUCGCGUCCACACAGGGGAGAAGCCAUACAAAUGCCCCGAGUGCCCGAAAACCUUUGCCGACAACAACAAUCUCUUCAAGCAUCGACGACGCCACACAGAUGACCGACCCUACAAGUGUCCCCAUUGCGUGAUGGCCUUUAGGGAGAAGCAUCAUAUGAAACGGCAUGUACUGGGCAAGCAUCGUAUCAGUGAGGAAGAUCUGAAAUGAUCAUCCAAUACUGUUGAGCAGAUGAAAAUGGAUUUUUGAAUUUAAUUCAGAUAAACUUGUAACUUGCCUUUAUUUUAUGAAUGGUCAGGAAUAAAUUUAUUUUUGGUUUUUAA